GUCCGACUUCGUCAGGCGACAACCGCGAUGGGGGGGUUGUUUUGAUUAAAGUUAUCGGAUUUUAAAUCUAGCUUAUGCUCGCAUUAUUCAGUUGCAAUCCAGGAUAUUCGACAUGUUUCUCGUGCCGAACUAUCGACUUUCCUUCAGCCCCCGAAAGAUAGACAAACCUGGGAAUAAUCGAUCUUGAAACUGAGCGGAGCAACUUUUCCAACUACCUUACCAGUCAACGGGCUGACCUAUGCUAAGCUAGUCCGCUAUCCAGUGCUGUUGGAAAACAGUAAAAAGUCCACAACCGAGCUGGGAGACUGCACAUUUCGGACUUCCGUGACUGGAGCAGGUUUGCUGCCGACUUUCAGAGAGAAACCCGUCUGUCUGAGCCUGUCUUUAUUUCAUCCGAGCUGACGGUGCAGGUGCACCUCUUGCGCCACCUGUGAUAACUUGGUAACUUAGCUCCACUGGUGGAGAGCUAACUUAGCUUGUUCGUGUUAGCAUUAAACAGAAGGAUAGGCUAUGUUGUUGACGUCUGUUUGUCUGCUUUCUUAGUUUACUUGAAAUUGGAGACAUUCUUGUAUCGUGUAUUGUUAACCGCCAGUCUACAUAGGGGUAGUGUUAAAACAAAGUAUUUGGGCUAACUGAAGUUAACUAACCUCGUUGGCUAGUUACUGACCCUCACACACUUAACUGGAUUGGCGACGUGGAUUCAGAGCUGUCCACACUAACUCUCCCACAGGACUUUGGACACGGUUUGACCCCGAAGAGGGUAAUCCUCUUUAUUCUCAUCAGCUAGUCUCGUAGACGAUAACCAUGAGGGAUUCAAAAGGUGGCUUUCUAGCUUUUUAAAGUUUUUGUUUUGUCCCAAAAGCUCCGCACCCUAUGGUGCCGCUACGGCCACCGAGAAAUGGAUGUCUCGCAGGCCGCUUUCCCAAACGGUGAAGGGCGGCCGGGCGGCGGUGGGACUCGGGAGCAUGCCUGGACAGAGUCCCCCACAGUUCGGGCGUGGGCUCACUCAGCCCCACUGUGCCCGACUCGGUCCUUGUGGACAGCCGCGUAUGACUACGAGGCCAGCGGCGAGGACGAGCUCAGUCUCCGGAGAGGGGACGUGGUGGAGGUUCUGUCUAAGGACGCAGCUAUCUCCGGGGACGAGGGGUGGUGGACGGGAAAAAUCAACCGCCGGGUCGGGAUUUUCCCCUCCAACUAUGUCACCUACCAGCCCGCUAUUUACCGUCUCCCAACCACGAGUGGGACGGUGGGUGUACCAGAGCGAGUUCCUAGCUCACCCGUACACAUCCCCUUCAGUGAACUGGUCCUAGAGGAGAUCAUAGGCGUGGGUGGAUUUGGGAAAGUUUACCGGGGCACAUGGAAAGAUCAGGAGGUUGCAGUGAAGGCGGCUCGGCAAGACCCAGACGAGGACAUAACAGCCACCGCUGCCAGUGUUAAACAGGAGGCGAAACUUUUCUCCAUGCUGCAGCAUCCCAACAUUAUCAAACUAGAGGGAGUGUGCUUGGACGAGCCCAACCUGUGUCUGGUUAUGGAGUAUGCCCGAGGCGGAACACUGAACCGGGCGCUGACCGGAAGACGCAUCCCUCCACACAUACUGGUCAACUGGGCCGUGCAAAUUGCACGCGGGAUGCACUACUUGCACGAGGAGGCCGUGGUACCCAUAAUACAUCGUGACCUGAAGUCGAGCAACAUUUUAUUACUUGAAAAGAUUGAGAAUGACGACAUCGGGAGGAAGACCUUGAAGAUCACAGAUUUUGGCUUGGCCAGGGAGUGGCACAAAACCACAAAAAUGUCUGCCGCAGGCACCUACUCCUGGAUGGCCCCUGAGGUCAUCAAGUCAUCUCUGUUUUCCAAAGGCAGUGACGUCUGGGGUUAUGGUGUCUUGCUGUGGGAACUGUUAACUGGGGAGGUGCCAUACCGUGGGAUAGAUGGCCUGGCCGUUGCUUAUGGUGUGGCAGUGAAUAAGUUAACUCUACCAAUACCCUCAACCUGCCCAGAACCCUUCGCCAAGCUCAUGGAAGAAUGUUGGGACCAGGACCCCCAUGUGCGUCCCUCCUUCUCCUGCAUCCUGGAGCAGCUGUCAGCCAUUGAAGAGGCGGUAAUGGCCACAAUGCCCCAGGACUCAUUUCACAGCAUGCAGGAUGACUGGCGUGUGGAGAUCCAGGAGAUGUUUGAUGAGCUCAGGACCAAAGAGAAGGAGCUUCGUUCCAGAGAGGAGGAGCUGACGCGGGCCGCCCUCCAGCAGAAGUCUCAGGAGGAGCUGCUGAAGCGUCGGGAGCAGCAGCUGGCGGAGCGGGAAAUCAACGUACUGGAGAGGGAGCUUAACAUCCUUAUUUUCCAACUCAACAAAGACAAGCCCAAUGUGAAGAAGAGGAAGGGCAAAUUUAAACGCUCCCGGCUUAAACUCAAGGAUGGAAACCGCAUCAGCCUGCCCUCAGACUUCCAGCAUAAAAUCACCGUGCAGGCAUCCCCGUCCAUGGACAAGAGACGAAGCCUUCACAGCACCAGUUCCUCUCCUCCCAGCAGUCCCACUCUCAUCCCGAGGCUACGAGCCAUUCAGCUUACUCAAGACGAGAGCAACCGUACAUGGGGCCGCAGCUCCCUCUUCAGGCCGGAGGAGUUUGAUGAUGUGAAAAAGGGAAUCAAGAAGAAAGGAAGAACCUGGGGGCCGAGUUCAGUACAGAGCAAAGAGAGGCCUGUUGCUGCUGAGAGAGUGCGCCCUCUGUCUGACGGCAGUAAUCCCUGGUCCACCAGCCUGGUCAAAUCCCAGAAGUCUGUCCCCCUUGCUGCACUGUUUGCUGAACAGGUGGGGGCCGGUAAAGAUGAACCCUUCUCCCAGGAAUGUCCUGACAGCAGCUCCAAGCCAAAGCAGCUGAAGUUCCCCAACCAGGUGUAUAUCGAUCUACCUCUGUGGAGGGACGAGCAGCAGCCUCAGAGCCCCGGUGGGCUGGGAGAUUCAGGGGUUGGGGUGGUGGGUGGUCAGAGCAGCCAAACAGAGACCCCAGACGACCCUUACACUACCACAUCCACCUCGUCCACUUCCACCACCCCACAGCUCACCCCCACCAACAGCCUGAAGCGAACAUCAGCUCGCCGCAAGACUGACUCUGUACUGUACGGCUGCGGCUCACUGCUGGCAUCAGUCGUGCUCGGUUACGAUAUUAGAGAAGCGCUGAAAAACUCUGGGGAAGACAGCGAGCCCCAACGUGAGGAGAAGGAGAAGAAGAAGAAGGAGGGUCUUUUCCAGCGUGCGACACGCUUCCGCCGAAGCACCUCACCACCAAGCGGUCGCUCCCGCAAAGACGAGGCAUCAUCCAAUCACACCUCUAGCCCUCCUGUCAACCUCAUAUCUAUGUCAGCAAUCAUGGAGUGCAACUCCACCAAGUGUCUCCUGCAGUCUGAGGCCGAGGUGUCAGAGUUCCAUCCUGGGAGAGUGGAGCUUGUGGCUGUCAAUCACAUGGAGCCAGCCAGACUGAACCAAGCGACAUCCACGGAAGGACAGACCAGCAGGACUGCAGCAGACGCACAGACACCGGAGAAAACCCAAAGCAAGCCACCAGAGCAGAGCAACCACAACACAGGAACACGGCUGCGUAGAAAGAAAUACACAAACAACCACAACACAAAUGGCCCACCCGCUCUUCCUCCUCCAGCCACACAGAAGAAGCAAGAGAGAGAGAAAGAUGGAGCGUCAGAGAAGCCCUCCAGUGGUGGCGAGGCUUUCUCCAGACCCCGGCCUGUGUCAUUCCGGGCUAAGCCCCACGCCUGGGCCCUGCUUAGAGGACGCAACAAGAGCUAUUCUCUGGGACAUUACUCUGGAGAGAAAACAGCACAGAACCUAAAUAUGGUGCUGUCCUCAGAGGUGGGGAUGGGCUGCUCCCUGCUGGACAUGGACACAGAGGGCCAGAAACGAGACUGCACCGUGCCGUUGUGCCGCAUACAGAGCUCCCCAGCACGGCCCUCGGUCUUUGAGCUGGAGAAGGAGUUCCUCUCUUAGGAAAUGAAAGUGAUCUGCUUUGAUCGUACCUCUUUCUAUACAAUCUAGAGUGUUCCAUUACAUAGAGACAGACUUGUUGGCCUUAAACUCCUGGAGGGUUUAGAACCAGGCUGCCUUUUUUCGUAGAACCCAGCUUGUUCUUAGUUCUAGGACAUAGUUUUGUCAGUGUUCUUGAACAAACGUUGGAGACUUCUAGAAGAUGUCUGUGUCACGGGUUCUAGGACGUGCACCCUAAUCUCAGCCUGAGAAUGUGCCUUGUCUUAUUCUAGAACACAAACACCAGCGCGUAGUUCUGAAAUCAGAGCACAACAUUCCAGACCUGGAUCAGCAGCGUCUUCGCUGAUACUACGGUGCUCGACUGCCGUUUCUGUACACUCAUCUCUCUCUCCCUUCAUCAUCCUCUUCCUCUCUCUACUGUCGGUGCAGCUAAACGUUGACCGCUGCUGCAGCUUUCGCAACACAAUACCCUCACCUUUUUAUUUAUAUAUAUAUUUUUAUAGGUAAUUUAAUAUGAAGAGACUCAGCCUUACCUUAGCAACCAGCUGGACAUACAUUCCAUGUCAGUUUCAAAGUUGUGCGAUCAUGCUUUUAGAUAUUUUGACUUAAGAAUCAUGCAUGCAUGUACCCUUAAAAUGUUGAACAAAAAAAUCAUUAUGCCUUGUUUGUAAAUAUUUCUUUUUAUCCAGUAUCAGCCUAAUACUGGCAGUUGUUUUGUAUUGCUUAUGUAUGCUGUUUUAUGACUGUUUUAAAGUGCAGCAAUGCUGCAGUACAGAUUUUGUUCUCGGUACCAGUUACAUACUGCAUCAUAGCAGGAAUGAAGGUACUUUUCAUCCAAGAAUACCCUGAAGAGUAAAAUUAUUCACAAAGAUAUCCCUGACAGUCCUACAAAACAUGAAAUAAUGCUUCUACUUAAUUGAAAUUUUAAACAAACAUUUAUUUCAUGAGUUGCUCUUAAAGAUUUUUCUAUUAGUAUUUUUUUUAAGUAUUUUUGGUUCCGUCAACACACUGCAAUAGAAUGGGGAAACACUUCAGCCAUGAAUGAUCAUGUCAGGAAAAACCACCUAAACAUUAUAAAUUCAUAAUCUGAUCCCUAAGGUGACAGCUGAUAUCCUACAAUUUACUUGGCCCAGUUGUUUCAGAUUUAAAUCUGGUAAAUCCUGCACAGCCUGGGAGAAACAAAACAUCAGCAUUUUUUCAGACACUAAUGAAAACAUUGAUUAAAAUACCUGUAUCAUGAAAUUCCUUCACAGAUCACUUGUUAGACUGGGACAUUUGAGUUUUCAGUGUUUAAUUCAUGCCCUUUCUACUAUCAUGGUCACAGUUUUGUACUUGAUGCCAUCAACUGUUUUUUUUGUUUUUGUUUUUGUUUUGUUUUUUUAAACCUUAGGUUGAUUGCCCAUACACCCCAUUGAAACUGAUGUUUAAAAAUACCUGAAUUCACUCUUAAUUUCAAUUUGAGAUUACCAUGUUAUCUCCCUUGAAAACCUGGUCAAGCUCAGGAAUGCCUGGAGCCUUUUUAGGACAGUUUUUGGCUCUAUACCUUUUUAUGACCAUACUACAGACUUGCAGCCAGCUAAACUGCUUUCUAAGACUUAACAAAUGGUUAGUUAUUAGACUUUGAAUAUAUUUUUUCCAGUCGCCAGUUGCACCAGCAAUGUGUAAUUUUUGUCUUAACUUACAGUGUAACAACCACACUAAGCCCUGCUAGUUAGUCAAAUAAAUUUUGUCAGUGUUUAAUUGGACUGCAAGGAUAGAGGCUCAGUCCCAUAUCUUUUACCCUAACCCUUUGAUUUUAAGUGUCUUCUUGUCCCUUGAAACAGAUACAAGGAGUAGUGGUAAAAAUCUUCACCAAUAUCAUACAACAACCCUUGCAACCAUGCAUUUACAUAGACACCAGGCAUUUCUACUGCAAGCAGUUUUUAAACGCAUGUUCGACAUCAAAACGAUCAUGAUGCAUUGCAACAUUAAAUUCUGAUAUUAGAUUGUAACAAUUUUCAAAGGCAAUCUCUGAUAUUUCUCAUUACACUUGGUUUGGAGACUGCCUCUGGGACAUCUUCUUUUGAAGGGCCAUGUAAUCCUGGCACUAUACCCUACCCUUUAACUCCAGCAGUUGGGAGUCAUUGUCCCCCCUAGAUGUAAACGCACAAAGCAUAGGGGUUGGGCUGAGUGGUAGGCGCAAGAGUGUAUUGAGAUUGAGCCAUGAGAUUAUCUAAAUUAGUGGUGUUAUGUCUAAACUAACCAAAAUAUGGUUGCAGAAAUGGUGUUUUAACUUCCAAUCAGCAAAAUGCAUUUACUUAAUACAGUGCUGUUACAACUCCUGUGCCCAGUUUUCUUCAAAUAGAUUUAAAAUAACUCGUUUACUGCCUUUAAUCCACAAAUGGCAAUGAAACUGUGUGUAAAAUAUGUAAGCAUUAUAGUUAGGUGAUAACUAGUGCUGUCAAUUUUUUUAAUUGAUGUGUAUUAAUUAAUCACAGGGGUGAAAAAUGCAGUUAAAAAAUAUAUGCUGAGUAAUCGCACUCUGAUACCAUCACAAAACCUGCCUAAGUAGCAUUUUAGGUUCGACUGUAAAAUCUAAAAAUUCUCUGUGCUCUUAAUUUUAACAAAUUUAUGGAUAAAUAAAUAUUCUACAGAUUAACACCAUCCUAGAUUCACUAAUAAGUGAACAGUCUGCCCUCAGUCUCCACUUUGUCUGUUUCAAAAGCUAAUACGUUUUCAUGCCAUUCAGAAGCAUGCUAACCUUGCAAAGCAGAUGGAUACGCACGUUUCCUUGUUUCUCACUGGCGAAUCCAUCUUGCAAAGCUCCCACCUGAACCGUUUUGUCCCGGUUAGAAAGUGACAGGACCAA